GCCAGUAUAUAAGCGGGCAGGCCCGCGCGUGCGCACCCCGUCUGUCUCGGUCAGGUCGGCCUCCGGCGGUCUCCUGUGCAAAUGGGCUCCGUGGCCUAGCGCCCCCCUUCCCGCCACCCGUGAUCGCGCGCCGAGGUCCGCGAGGGGUCGCCGCCGAGGUUUCCACCAGCGCAUAAGCAAGAGCAUGGCAGCCAUCCCCUCCAGCGGCUCGCUCGUGGCUACCCACGACUACUACCGGCGCCGCCUGGGCUCCACUUCCAGUAACAGCUCCUGCGGAAGUGCCGAGUGCCCCGCGGAGGCCAUCCCCCACCACCCUGGUCUUCCCAAGGCCGACCCAGGCCACUGGUGGGCGAGCUUCUUUUUUGGGAAGUCCACUCUCCCGUUCAUGGCGACCGUGUUGGAAUCCCCAGAGCACUCGAAAUCUCCCCAGGCCUCCAGCAACGUGAUCACCUGUGACCUGGCUCAGGAAGCCACGAGGAAGCCACCUGGCAGCCAGCCCGGCAAAGUCAACGUCGGGCCUCCAUCCUGAGCGGCCGCCAGCCCCAACCGGGCUUCCGAGGCGCUAGGCUCUUUUGAGCCCCUCCCCCACCCGCCCUGCCCCCUCCCCGUCCUCACCCGCUCUCCGUAGACUAGUCAGGCUGCAACAACAGAGGCAGCUGGGUUCUUUUAUGUCAAAACAGCAAAACACCAAAAAGGAAGUUGCGAGAGCCCGGCUCUUUACCACCGCAGCCCCACACGAGGCUCCCUGACGCCCCCUAACCACGAGCCUUGCACCAAGUGGAAAAUAAACGAGGAGCAGCCA